CAAUUAACACAUGAAUAGUUAUACCGCCCUUGGCCAUAUGAUGCCCCUGAAUGGUAGGCUAACCGCAGCCGUCUUAUUACUGCAGGCAUUAACGCUCGCCAGAUGUCUGCAGCUGACAGAAAUCACCGUGCCGGAAGUGGUGGAUGUUCGCGAAACGGUCACACUCUCCUGCAGUUAUGACAUGGGCACGCACAAGCUUAAUUCCGUGAAAUGGUACAAAGACGAGCGGGAAUUCUUCAGAUAUUCGCCAAUGAUGCCGAAGAGCUUGAUGUUUUUCGAUGUGGACGGUGUGACGGUGCUGCAGAAUUCGACGGUACAGAUCUGCAAUCAGUUUAUGUGCAGUAUUCAGCUGCACAAUCUCAACAUUCGAUCUAGCGGCUCGUACCGGUGCGAAAUAUCUGGGGAUGCACCAGAGUUUAAGCUGACGCACGGCGUUGGCAAUAUGACCGUGGCAGUCUACCCGCAGUUCGAUCCCAUCAUCAACGGGCUUCAGCAUAAUGGCGUACAGCAUAAUUACGCACUCGGUGACUUCGUCGUAGCGAACUGUUCUUCCGACAUGUCCAGCCCACCCGCCCGUCUUUACUGGUACAUCAACGAUCGGAAUGUACCGUCGGAGUAUCUGCAGCCACAGCACGAAACAACGGUUGAGAAUGAUGGGUUCCUGCUGCGAUACCGAACGCUCGAAAUCCGCUUCUACAUCGACGAGAAGCGCCUCGGCAAGCUUAAGGGCAAGCUGGUGCUGAAGUGUUUGGCACGAAUCGAAUCGAUCCCGCAAGCGACCCGGGAGUCAACGCAGAUCAUCUACAUCCCGACCACAGACGAAUUACGCAACCAGAAGCUGAUUAAUUGGCGCGGAUCAGACGCUUCUUCGCUGCACCACACAGACAUGUGUCGAAUGUUUGGUUUGCUCUGCAUUGUGUUUGGCUUCUUCAAGUGGUUUGUUUAA